AUGCGUACGAAACAUUCAUCAUCUAUUGAAAUAGAGAAAAAUAUUGAAGUUGUCAUCUGUCCAAGUUAUUCAUCUAAAGAUACUCCAAAUAGUCUUUUGUCGAACAAAGAAAUUGUCGAACAAAUUGUUACUUUCUCAUUUCCGCAUGUUAUUAAGCUACAUCCUCUUACGUACCCACAACUCAAGAACGAGAAAAAUCCAUUGUUUUCUUUGAGUGCGUUGGAACAAGAAAGUGUACGACAUUUUCUUACAUCGAAAAAUAUUUUACCUGACACACAAACGAAUACGUUAAAACUAAUCGAACAUGCACGUGUUCUUAUUUGUGAUUCCGAUUCGUCGAUUCCGUUUGAAGCACUCUAUUUCAAUGAUCAGAAGCACAUCUUAGUUUAUGAAAAAGUGGAACAACAUAACAAUGACGAUGAUCGACAAACAUAUUUUCAUGUUUUCCACAAUGUUCAGCAAUUGACUAAGUUACUCGAGCGUUACUUUGCCGGUGAGCUCGAAUGUAAAACAAAAACUAGUCAUAAAUUCUUCUUAGAAAAAUAUGAUGAACCUGAUGGAAAAGAAAUAGAACGACUCGCCACCAUACGCCAAUGGUUGUCGAAUCAUCAUGAUCUUGAUCAAAAUUUCGAUGUUGAAAAAAUCAAACAAGAAGUGAAAGAUCAAUUUGAAUCAUCAUCAACACAGAUGACUCUUUAUGCAUUAGGCGAACAUACCCCUGUAGAAAUAGACGAACUCUGUAAUGCUGAUAUUAAUGAAGCGUUCAGUGUUUUACUGCAAAAUAUUGCCCAUCUUUAA